GAGGCUGCCGCCCCGCCCCCGCCCCCUCCCCGCCUCCCCUUGAGAACCCGAGGAGCGGGGGAGCAUGGACCAAACCCCGCUGCUCGGGCACCAUGACGCUCGCCCGCCUCGCUGUGGCUCUGAUUCUAGGGGCGCUCCGCGAAGUGGUCAGCUUUGAUCCGGUCCCCAAUUAUCCCCUCCACCACCGCCACCGCCACUCGCCCCCUCCGGGUCCUCAGCACCCUUAUUACCUUCCCACUCAGCAGCGGCAGCAGAGGCCACCUCCGGUGCCCCCUGUGGCGCGCGUCCUGCGCCCCCCGCCCGCGCUGCCUGCCCCGCGCCCGCAUGCCCUCCCAGCCGGGCGCACGCCGGGCUGGCUUCCCGGGGGCUGUCCGGCCGGCGAGCCCUGGGUCAACGUGACGGCCUUCGGCGCCCCUUGUCUGCGCUGGGCAGAGGUGCCACCCUUCCUCGAGCGGUCGCCCCCGGCGGGCUGGGCUCGCCUGCGAGGGCAACGCCACAACUUCUGCCGGAGCCCGGACGGCGCGGGCAGACCCUGGUGCUUCUACGGGAACGCCUAUGGCAAGGUAGACUGGGGUUACUGCGACUGCAGACACGGGUCAGUACGACUUGGCGGUGGCAAAAAUGAGUUUGAAGGCACAGUGGAAGUGUAUGCAAAUGGAGUUUGGGGCACAGUCUGUAGCAGCCACUGGGAUGACUCGGAUGCGUCAGUCAUUUGUCAGCAGCUGCAGCUGGGAGGAAAAGGAGUAGCAAAACAAACCCCGUUUUCUGGACUGGGCCUUAUUCCCAUUUAUUGGAACAAUGUCCGUUGCCGAGGAGAUGAAGAAAAUAUACUGCUUUGUGAAAAAGACAUCUGGCAGGGUGGGGUGUGUCCUCAGAAGAUGGCAGCUGCUGUCACGUGUAGUUUUUCCCAUGGCCCCGCGUUCCCCUCCAUACGUCUUGCUGGUGGCAGCAACGUGCACGAGGGCCGAGUGGAGCUCUACCAUGCUGGUCAGUGGGGGACUGUCUGUGACGAUCAGUGGGAUGACGCAGACGCAGAAGUGAUCUGCAGGCAGCUGGGCCUGAGUGGCAUCGCCAAAGCAUGGAAUCAGGCAUAUUUUGGGGAAGGAUCUGGCCCAGUAAUGUUGGAUGAAGUCCGCUGCACCGGGAAUGAACUCUCUAUUGAGCAGUGUCCAAAGAGUUCCUGGGGCGAGCAUAACUGUGGCCAUAAGGAAGAUGCUGGAGUGUCUUGCACCCCUCUAACAGAUGGAGUCAUCCGACUUGCAGGUGGAAAAGGCAGCCAUGAAGGUCGCCUGGAGGUGUAUUACAGGGGACAGUGGGGGACUGUCUGUGACGACGGGUGGACCGAGCUGAAUACCUAUGUGGUUUGCCGGCAGCUGGGAUUUAAAUAUGGCAAACAAGCCUCUGCAAACCACUUUGAAGGAAGUCCAGGGCCCAUAUGGUUGGAUGACGUCAGCUGCUCAGGAAAGGAGACCAGUUUCCUUGAGUGUUCCAGGAGACCGUGGGGCAGGCACGACUGCAGCCAUCGGGAAGAUGUAGGCAUUGCCUGCCACCCCAGCGGCCCUGGACGUGGACUUUCUCUGGGUUUUCCUAUCAGACUGAUGGAUGGAGAAAAUAAGAAAGAAGGACGAGUGGAGGUUUUUAUCAAUGGCCAGUGGGGAACCAUUUGUGAUGAUGGGUGGACUGAUAAGGACGCAGCUGUGAUCUGCCGCCAGCUUGGCUAUAAGGGUCCUGCCAAAGCACGAACCAUGGCUUACUUUGGGGAAGGAAAAGGACCCAUCCACGUGGAUAAUGUAAAAUGCACAGGAAAUGAGAGGUCCCUGGCUGACUGUAUCAAACAAGAUAUUGGAAGACACAACUGCCGCCACAGUGAGGAUGCAGGAGUUAUUUGUGAUUACUUUGGAAAGAAAGCAUCAGUUAACAGUAAUAAAGAGUCCCUCUCAUCUGUCUGUGGGUUGAGAUUACUGCACCGUCGGCAGAAGAGGAUCAUUGGUGGGAAAAAUUCUUUAAGGGGUGGCUGGCCUUGGCAGGUGUCCCUUCGGUUGAAGUCAUCCCAUGGAGAUGGCAGGCUCCUGUGUGGGGCCACGCUCCUGAGUAGCUGCUGGGUCCUUACAGCGGCACACUGCUUCAAGAGGUAUGGUAACAGCACUAGGAACUACGCUGUUCGGGUUGGGGAUUACCACACUCUGGUGCCGGAGGAGUUUGAAGAGGAAAUUGGAGUUCAACAAAUUGUGAUUCACCCGGACUAUCGACCAGAGAGCAGUGACUACGACAUUGCCCUGAUCAGACUACGAGGACCAGAAGAGCAGUGUGCCAGAUUCAGCAGUCACGUUCUGCCAGCCUGUUUGCCAUUCCGGAGAGAGAGGCCACAGAAAACUGCCUCCAACUGUUACAUAACAGGAUGGGGAGACACAGGACGAGCCUAUUCAAGAACUCUGCAGCAAGCUGCCAUCCCCUUACUUCCCAAGAGGUUUUGUGAGGAACGUUACAAGGGUCAGUUUACAGGAAGGAUGCUCUGUGCUGGAAACCUCCUUGAACACAAACGUGCGGACAGCUGCCAGGGAGACAGUGGAGGACCACUCAUGUGUGAACGGCCAGGAGAGACCUGGGUUGUGUACGGGGUGACCUCCUGGGGGUAUGGCUGUGGAGUCAAAGAUUCGCCUGGUGUUUAUACCAAAGUCUCAGCCUUUGUACCUUGGAUAAAAAGUGUCACCAAACUUUAAUUCAUGGAAACCUCAAUAGUAUUUAAAGAAUCUGUUGGAAAAUUUUCAGCUUCCACUAUUAGCACUCAGCCAGAGAUGAUAACUGACGGAGACUGAGAUGCACGAUUCUGCUUUGUGUUGUGACAAAAAUUGUGUAGCCCUUUGCUGCUUCUGAGAAUUUGUGAACAUUUCUGGUUACAGACACCUCAGUGUAAUACUUAUUAUCCUUAACUAGCAUUUGCCUACUCAAAUUAGUUUCACUGGAGAUGCUCUUCUUUACUCUCACCUGAGCCUUAUUUAUCUCUUCUGCCUAUUUCUCAGCAUUCUCCAGAGAUUAAUAUACACUGUGCAGAGAAGUGUUUUCAUUUAUUUGGAUUGAGAACUCCUUAGAAUUGAACAUGGUGUAUGGAUUCAUAUUAAGUGCCCACAUUUAACAUAAAAAUGCCCUUUACUACACUCAAGGUAAGAGUGGCACUGUUUAUGUAAUUUUUAAGCUCAGAUUCUUUUCGAAAGGCUGACAAGAUAUCUUCACACAUCUAUCUCUGUAGCCUUUGUCAAGUGGGGAAACCGAGGGCCAAAAAAUAAAGAAUUCCAUGAUAAACCUAGACUGGAAUAAGAUCAGUCACAAUACAUUCCUGAAUGAAUGGCAACCAGAGAAAAACACAUCUAGCUACCUGUGUAUGUUACAGCAAAAUUUGAAUUCCUGGUAACACAGUAAAGAAUGCCUUCAAGUUGUUGGAUGCACCACGUAACUUAUCCACCUUAUUUAACAUUAUCUACUCAUUACUUUUAACUACUUCAAACCGGUAACUUUGUAAAAUAAGAAACGUUAACUUAGCAUCAUGCUCCAUUGUUUUCUGUACAAUGAUAUAAGAGUGCCAUCUACUGCAAGUUUCUGGUAAUUGACUUCAAACUGUAGAUUUCUAAGACUAUCCAGGUACAGUCCCAUUUAAUAGAAACACACCAUUAAAAGUGCUUUCCCUGCCUACAUAGUGGGGAAAAGCUCUGAAUAACUAUUUGUUUCAACUGAUUUAAUUCACACCAGUUAUGUUAGGCACUGCAUUAAGUGGCUAUGCACUUCAUGUUGAUUUAUAAAAGGCCGCUAAGACUUUAUGGCAUUCCUAGUUUUAGAGGGCAAACGGAGACAGCUGGUUAAAGGCUAGGACUCCAAACUCCAGAAGAGUCCCAAUGCUGGCAAUGGUAUUCCUCCCCCACAGUUCUCCAGUCUAAAGCCAAGUUUUCCCUCUACCUCCCAGAGUUGCUUACUAUGCACCCUUCAAGGACAUUCUGGGCAGCAAUGCAAAAUCUUUGUCCAAAUAUAAAAGGUAUGCCCCUCACGAUACUGCAGCAAUCCAUACCACAUAUGAGAAUGACUGCCAAUAUCGAGCCCUUCCCCAAAUCCCAGCUAGUUUAAAGACUCAUAUCCAAGGGAUAGAAGCAUAAAGAGGUGAAGAGGUUGGCCUGAACUUUAGGAUUAACGGUGCAAGUAACUCUUAAGUGGCUAAGUCGCCAAGGAGGAACUUUACCCUUCUGCAUCAAAAUGUCUUUUUUGUGAAUCCUCAGCUUUGUAAAAAAUUGGUGCUGACCUACAGGUGCUUUACAGUUUACUACUUUGCAGAACUGCAAUGCUACGUCAGGUAGAAAUAGCAGUAGACUUUUUUAAAAGCUCAUGAUUUUGAUAAAGGAACUUUUUAAGCAUUUACAUCCAGAGAUAACGACAGCACAUACAUGUACAACGGCUUGGGAAAAUUGUGCGAUACACGUGGGAAAAAUGUAUCUUUACUGCAACUUUCUUACAGGCUGCCCUUAUCAUUGAACUCCAGUGCUGGUGCAAGCAACACACUGAAAUUUUACCCAGACCAGAGAGUGGCAAACUUUAAGGACGGACAGUUGACAGGUGGCCUACAAUUUGCUCAACCCCGAAGUAGAAUACUUGGUCCAUAAAAUAUGCCUUUAUUGUAGCUGUUUUUCCUUGUUAAACCUUAAGUGCGACCUUUAAAAGACAUGAGUGUUCAGUGCACAUUUGUGUAAAUAAAGUGCCUAGCUUUGCACCUUC